AUGCUAUAUUCUCACCUUAUCCACCUUCUCUUUUCAGUGAUACAGUUACUUAGUGGCAUUUUAGCCAAUUGCAUCAUUUUGGUUGGGAGCAGCAGGGACUUGAUCAGGAGGAGAACAUGGACCUCCUUGGAUGCGCUGCUGUCCUGCCUUGGAAUCUCUCGGAUUUGUAUGCAGCUCACAUUCUUCUACCUGACUCUGGUUUUUCUCUCCUUGAUAGAAGGCCCUGUGUUAAGCGAAGCUUUUUCAGUCUCCGUAUUUAUAAAUGAGUCGGGACUCUGGUUUGCCACAUGGCUGGGUGUUUUCUACUGUGCCAAGAUUGCCAAUAUAUCUCACCCACUCUUCUUCUGGCUGAAGAUGAAGAUUUCCAAGCUGGUACCCUGGCUGAUCCUGGCAUCCCUGCUCUAUGCAGCUAUCAUUUCUGUUUUCCACAGCAAAUACACACAGCCGAUUUUAAAAAAAAUAUGGCUGCAGCAUUUCUCAAAAAAUGCCACAGCCCACAGCAAAGAAGACUCUGCUUUUCUGUACUCCGUUUUUGCCAUUGAACUCUUCCUGCCAUUGCUUAUCUUCCUUGCUUCUGUUCUGCUCUUGGUUUUCUCACUGGUGAAACAUACCAGGCAGAUGAGACGCACAGUGGUGGGCACCAGAGACCUGUGCGGGAGCUCCCACCUCAGCCCCAUGCUGUCCAUCCUGUCCUUCCUUGUCCUCUACCUCUCUCACUACGUGGCCGGCAUCCUGAUCAUUUUCUCAAUCGUCCAGGCUGAGGGUGUCUUCUUCUUGUUCUGUGUCUUUGUGGCUGGGACAUACCCCUCGGCACACUCCAUCAUCUUAAUUUUGGGAAACCAUAAACUGAAGCAAAGCACAAAGAUGUUCCUCCUUCACAGUAGGUGCUAUCUCUGA